AUGUUCGCAACUGUCGACGACGCUUCCCGAUCGAGUUCAAGCUCCACUGCAUCGCUUCUCUCGGACUUCGUCUCGGGAGAGCGCUACCCCGGUUCUCCGUCCACAUGGAAGGGCAAGCAGAAAUCGCUCGUGACAGGCAGUGAGUGUGAAGGAGUAGGGUGUGUCGGACAGAGGAGAAUCUCAGGACUCAGACGGCGGAGGUCCCAGUUCGAUCGCAGAGAUGAAGGCCCAGGUGCAACAGACGGAAUCGUGCUGCCGAUGCAGUUGGUGGGGACAGGGAUUUUCGAAGCUGUCUACACCAUUCCCGUACGAGUGGGCACUAGCGCACAAAAUUUCUCCAUUCAAGUGGACACCGGAUCUAGUGACUUGUGGUUUGCAUCUAGGUCGUGUUCCUCCCAGGCAUGUUCGCAGACAGGUGGGCGGCUUUACGACCCAUCUUCGUCAAGACCGACGGGUCAACAAUUCGAGAUUCCUUACCUUCGGGGCAGGGCCGCUGGACCAGUGGUGUGGGAUCGAUUCGAAAUAGGUGGCUAUAGUAUCGAAAACCAAGCAAUAGCGGCCGUCGACGACGUCUCGGACGAACCGCUCAGCCCUGAUUUCGUUGGAAUAUUGGGACUCGCGCUACCGAUGAAUUCUAUCAUCGCACGCGUUCUGACUCCUGGGACAAGCGAUGCGCCUGACGGACAGAGCGUACCAGCAAAUCUAUUCUCCAUCACGCCCCGUUACGCUGCGCCCUCCUACCGCUUCAUCUCCAUCACCCUAUCGCGCCCUGGAUCCGACUACCCUCCAUCUCUCCUCAGUAUCGGUCGACAUCCUUCUGCCAUCCGAGAACUCCACCAGGACAACGACACAGCGAAGGAUUUGAACGCCACCAAAGUCCAAUACUCUACCCUCGUUUCAGAGCGCAGCGGGAUCCUCUUCUGGAAGGUAGACGUUCGUGGUAUCACGGUUUGGGUCGAUGGAUUCGCUAGGGAGGUAACUCUAGCGCGUGGCGUAUCUGGAACACCAUGGCCCACAGCAGUCAUCGAUUCCGGCGUCCCCCUCAUCCUCACAACCAGUGCCAUAGCCAACGGUAUCUACGGCGCGCUUGGAAUAGGUCCAGCUAGUGAUGGUCAAUACUACGUCCCAUGCAAUACGCCCCUCAACCUUACUCUUACCCUCGACGACCGUCCUCCGGUGGCCCUACAUCCCCUUGAUCUAACCGGCCUGCCCCCCAAAGACACUUCCAGCGACUUCUGCAUCGGCCUCAUCCAGGCAGCUGACGCCGCUCUUUCCAGUCCCACAAAUGGCUUCGGCGACAUGAUACUCGGCGUCCCCUUCAUGCGCAGCGUCUACACCGUUAUGGCUUAUGACAGUCCCUCCGAAGAGGGUGUCUUCCCCAACUCGACCGUACCAACCACGGGAAGUGCUAACAGUAUUCGACCACGGCUUGGGUUGCUGUCCUUAGUGGACCCCCACGUGGCGAUGGACGAGUUUACACGCGUGAGGGUCGCACAUCAGCCGCUUUCUACAGGAGGCGGGACCGCAGGGAGCAAUAGGGCACCUAGUAGCGGAGAUGGGAAGAAGAUAUCGGUGGGGAUAGCGGUGUUGAUUGGAUUGGUUGGGUUUUUCGCGCUCUGCGUCGCGCUUUUUGCGUUACGGUGGUUUAUCACGCGGCGUCAGUGGAGGAAUGCGGGUAGCUCAACUUUGGGAGGCCCCAACUCCACAGAGUAUCAACCCACACGUCAGGGAUCACCCGAGGUCGAGCUCACGGCGGUUGGAUGGGCUGGGCUCAGAGGGAAGGACCGCGGCAUCGAGGCGAAGGUGAUGUCAGAGGACGAGCUUAGGGCUCUGCGAUACGAAGCCUACAUGCGCAAGGAGCGGGUACAUAGCGACUACACCACUAGCAGCGCCCAGACGCGCGUCAACGAGCAAGAUAGUGACAUCGACGGCGAAAUGGGUUUCAGGAAGGAGGCUCCAUACGAAGGAACGCCGGCGCUGACUACCGAAGACCAUCAUCCCACCACCCAAUCCGUGUCUCCCUCGCCGUCUCCAAUACCGGUCGCUGGUCGGUCCCAGCCUUCAGCUUCAACAUCGAGCCACUCGUCCUAUGACCCGCAUCCCCCACUUUCUGAACAUGACGCUCGCCCUUCCAUGCAUGCAGAUACUACGGACGAGCUCGGCGUCCGGCUCAGUAUGGUUGGUGUCGGCUCUGGAAAUCGCUCGAGCUUCAUGGACACAUCCUCCCCUCACGAUACGAGAUUCACUUCUUUCCCCUCACCAGAACCACCUUCAGGACAUUCACCACGCCCGGUGGAUUCAUAA